AUGGGAAUGUCCAACCUGACAAGACUCUCUGAGUUCAUUCUCUUGGGACUAUCCUCUCGGCCUGAGGACCAAAAGCCACUCUUUGCUCUUUUUCUUAUUAUCUACCUGAUCACCUUAAUGGGAAAUCUGCUCAUCAUCUUGGCUAUCCGCUCUGAUCCUCAACUCCAAAAGCCCAUGUAUUUCUUCCUAAGCAUCUUAUCCUUUGCUGAUAUUUGCUACACAACAGUAAUAGUCCCCAAGAUGUUGGUGAACUUUUUAUCAGAGAAAAAAACUAUUUCCUAUGCUGGAUGUCUGGCACAGAUGUAUUUCUUCCUGGUCUUUGGUAACAUAGAUAACUAUCUCCUGGCAGCUAUGGCCAUUGACCGCUAUGUAGCCAUUUGUAACCCCUUGCAUUAUGUCACGGUGAUGAACCACAGGCACUGUAUUUUGCUUACAGCCUUUUCCAACAUUUUCUCCUCUCUCCACUCCCUCUUACAUGUCCUCCUCGUGAACCGGCUCACCUUUUGUGUAUCAAAUGUUAUCCAUCACUUUUUUUGUGACGUCUACCCUGUUCUGAAACUUUCCUGCUCUUCUACAUUUGUUAAUGAAGUUGUGGCCAUGACAGAAGGGCUGGCCUCAGUGAUGGCUCCAUUUGUCUGUAUCAUCAUCUCCUACCUAAGAAUCCUCAUUGCCAUUCUCAAGAUUCCCUCGGCUUCUGGAAAACACAAAGCCUUUUCUACCUGUAGCUCCCAUCUCACUGUAGUGACCCUUUAUUAUGGGAGUAUUAGCUAUGUCUAUUUUCAGCCUUUGUCUAGCUAUACAGUCAAGAACCGAAUAGCAACAAUUAACUACACUGUAUUGACAUCGAUGUUGAACCCAUUUAUCUACAGUUUAAGAAACAAAGACAUGAAACAAGGCUUAGAAAAAUUGAUAAACAGGAUUAAGUCUCAAAUUAAUAGAUUUUCUUCCAGAAAGACCAAUACAAUCCAUGGACCAUGA